AUGAACUAUUACCACAGAACACAAAAGGAAACAAGGCUUUAUAAAAUCAUAGAUCUCCUUGUGAGGAUUAUUCCUCCAAAAUACGUUGUUAGUUUAUUUCAUUUUAUAGGUUUGAAGGAAUGCGAACCGCCAGAAACAAUUGGAAUAGUUUGCUCUAUCAGAUAUGAAACGGGAUUCAGACUUAAAUAUGCUAUCAAGAAGUACAUCUGGAAAACACAAAAAGCUGGGUUUUAUGCUAGAUUCCAAUCAUCAAAAAUUUCCAAUUUUCUCACCAAUUAUUUUGAAAGAGCUAAAAAGUCUUUUAUCUCAAUUUCAAAUGUUCUCAGAAAUAAAUUCAAAAUAAAAACCAAAGGACAAUUAGCUGCAGCUAGUACUAAAGAAUUAUGUUUUCCUUCAGAAAUCUGGUUAGAGAUUGUUCAUUAUAAUAUAAACCCAGCAAAUUUGAUUAGGGUCAACACAAAAUUAUUCAAUUUAAUAUCACCAAUGGUUUAUAACUCAUUUCACUUGGACUUGGUAUUAAGCUCAACCUAUCUUCUACAAAGACAAUACUCACAUUACUUAGAAUAUGCAGAUCGCUAUUACAUUCACCCUAAAGACCCUUAUAAACUUUUUGAAAAUUUCCAGAAAUCAAAGACAGCUCAAUAUGAAUUUUUGGAUACAUCUCAUAGGAAAUUCCCAGGUGAAAGCUCUUAUACAUCAAGUUGUGAAUUAAGCUCAGGUGCAGUUGUAUCCAUCAAAACAAAGAUUUUUAGAGACUUUGAAGAUGUUAAGAGAUUUUUCAACCUCACAAUCAACAAUGAAAAGUCUUAUUUCAAACAGUUCGUACAAGAGUUGAGCACCAACAUUACCAUAAUUGAUGAUUUUAAUGAUUUGUUUGAAGAUUGUCUCGGAAAAACCAUUAAUAAGCUCUCAAAGAAUGACGCGCUCAAUGUUUUAACAUGUGAACCAGAAUCAUUUCAUGUCUUUGAUUUUUUCAAUACAGAGUACGAGGAUUGUAUUAGAGAGAAUGUCAAACCACCAUUAGGCUGUGAAGUAGAUUUUGAAUUAGCAUGCAAUUUGUUUUUAACUUCCAAAGACAUUCUACCGCAACAACCCUACUUUAGGGAGAUUACAAUAGCUGGUGUUCUUUUUGACAAUCUUCAAGAUCAUAAGAAAAGAAGAAGUUUGCAUUAUAUAACAACACAAAGUGACCUUAAAGAUUCCAAUCCGUUCAGAGACUGGGCCUUGGUAAGGAAACCAAAAUAUAACUUCUUCUCGAAGAAGGAGACAGCUUCAAAAGGUCCAGGAACAGUGAAAGUCCAUAAGCAUCAUUUUGUUACCGAAGAGGAAACAUUCAACUUUUUAAGUCAAUUUGUGAAUUCUUGCUCUAAAUUUGAAUCACAUAGAGAUAUUAAUUGUUCUACUUUGAUUUCAGGUGUUACUAAAGUUUUUGGUACUUCACCUGACCUUGCUCAAGACGAUUCACAAAUACCAUAUGAUUUCCAACCUCAAAUUAUUUUGAUAAAUAGAUCACAUUAA